GUACUAUGAUUUGGUAUGUGGCCGCUUUGGUAGCAAGUGUGCUCGGCGCCCGCGGGCUGCCCGUCCAAGGUGCCCUCGGCUCGAGGGAGGAGCCCGAGUUCGUGACCGCUCGCGCUGGCGAGAGCGUGAUCCUGCCAUGCGACGUGAUCCACCCGCUCACGGGACAGCCCCCUCCCUAUGUCGUGGAGUGGUUCAAGUUCGGCGUCCCCAUCCCCAUCUUCAUCAAGUUUGGGUUUUACCCUCCCCAUGUCGACCCAGAGUAUGCCGGCCGGGCCAGCCUGCACGACAAAGCCUCCCUGCGCAUUGAGCAGGUGCGCUCCGAGGACCAGGGCUGGUACGAGUGCAAAGUGCUCAUGCUGGACCAGCAGUACGACACCUUCCACAACGGCAGCUGGGUCCACCUCACGGUGCAGGCUCCCCCCACCUUCACGGAGACCCCGCCGCAGUACGUAGAGGCGAAGGAGGGCAGCAGUGUCACCCUGACCUGCAUGGCGUUCGGGAACCCCAAGCCCAUCGUCACCUGGCUGAGAGAGGGAGACCUUUUGGGUGACAAUGGCAAGUACCAGGUGAGCGACGGGAGCCUUACGGUGCUCUCCAUCAGCCGGGAGGACAGAGGUGCCUACACCUGCCGGGCGUACAGCAUCCAGGGGGAGGCCGUGCACACCACGCGCCUGCUCGUUCAAGGACCUCCCUUUAUUGUUUCCCCUCCGGAGAACAUCACAGUCAACAUCUCCCAGGAUGCGCUCUUCACCUGCCAGGCCGAGGCGUACCCCGGGAACCUCACCUACCUGUGGUACUGGGAGGAGGAGAACGUCUACUUCAAGAACGACCUGAAGUUGAGGGUGCGGAUCCUGAUCGACGGGACGCUCAUUAUUUUCCAUGUCAAGCCAGAGGAUUCUGGAAAAUACACCUGUAUCCCCAGCAACAGCCUGGGCCGCUCGCCAUCAGCCUCUGCCUACCUGACAGUGCAGUAUCCUGCCCGUGUGGUGAACAUGCCCCCCGUCAUCUACGUUCCCAUCGGGAUCCACGGAUACAUCCGCUGCCCGGUCGAGGCAGAGCCCCCGGUCACGCUGGUCAAGUGGAACAAGGACGGGCGUCCCCUGCGAAUCGAGAAGUAUGCUGGCUGGAACCUGCUGGAGGACGGGUCGAUCCGGAUAGAGGAGGCAACUGAAGACGCUCUCGGCACUUACACCUGUGUGCCUUAUAACGCCCUGGGUACGAUGGGCCAGUCUCCCCCUGCCCGACUGGUACUGAAGGACCCCCCCUAUUUCACGGUGCUACCAGGCUGGGAGUACAGACAGGAGGCAGGGAGGGAGCUGUUGAUUCCUUGCGCUGCUGCCGGAGACCCCUUUCCCAUCAUCGCCUGGAGAAAGGUCCUCUCGGAAACGGGGGAACCGUCUGCCUUGCCACGACCGGAGAGACCGGAUCCCCUGCCGGUGGCCGGCGGUGUCCCCUGGGCCGCGCAGGUAGGGAAGCCCAGCAGGAGCAAGCACAACACGCUGCCCGGCGGCACCCUGCAGAUCCGCUCCCUCGGCAAGGACGACCACGGAGAGUGGGAGUGCGUCGCCACCAACAUCGUCGCAAGCAUUACUGCCAGCACCCACCUUACCGUCGUAGGCACAAGCCCUCACGCCCCGACCAGCGUGCACGUCGUGGCCGCCAUGACCUCAGCCAACGUCUCCUGGGAGCCCGGCUACGACGGUGGAUACGAGCAGACUUUCUCAGUUUGGUACGGCCCUCUGAUGAAGAGAGCCCAGUUUGGUCCCCAUGACUGGCUGUCUCUCCCUGUGCCAGCUGGUUCCAGUUGGCUACUGGUGGAUACCUUGGAACCAGAGACUGCUUACCAGUUCAGUGUCUUGGCUCAAAACAAGCUGGGCACCAGCUCCUUCAGUGAGGUGGUCACUGUGAACACUCUAGCAUUCCCUGUAACAACUCCAGAGCCUCUGGUGUUGGUUACCCCACCGAGGUGCCUAACAGCCAACCGGACACAGCAAGGCGUCCUCCUGUCGUGGCUCCCUCCCGCCAACCACAGCUUCCCCAUCGACCGCUACAUCAUGGAAUUCCGCGUCGCCGAGAGGUGGGAGAUCUUGGACGACGGCAUCCCAGGGACCGAGGGCGAGUUUUUUGCCAAGGACUUGUCCCUGGACACCUGGUACGAGUUCCGUGUCCUGGCGGUCAUGCAGGAUCUCAUCAGCGAACCCAGCAACGUCGCUGGGGUGUCCAGUACAGACGUAUUCCCUCAGCCUGACCUGACGGACGAGGGUCUAGCCCGCCCGGUGCUGGCUGGCAUCGUUGCCACCAUCUGCUUCCUGGCUGCUGCCAUCCUCUUCAGCACACUCGCCGCCUGCUUCGUCAACAAGCAACGCAAACGCAAGCUCAAGCGCAAGAAAGACCCUCCUCUCUCGAUAACCCACUGCAGGAAGAGUUUGGAGUCCCCGUUGUCUUCAGGCAAGGUGAGUCCCGAGAGCAUCCGCACGCUCCGUCCCCCCUCGGAGUCCUCUGACGACCAGGGUCCGCAGGCCAAGCGGAUGCUGAGCCCCACCAAGGAGAAGGAGCUCUCCCUUUACAAGAAGACCAAACGAGCCAUCAGCAGCAAGAAGUACAGCGUCUCCAAGGCGGAGGCCGAAGCCGAGGCCACCACCCCGAUCGAGCUCAUCAGCCGCGGGCCCGACGGCCGCUUUGUCAUGGACCCGGCGGAGAUGGAGCCCUCCCUGAAGACACGGCGGAUCGAGGGCUUCCCCUUCGUGGAGGAGACGGACAUGUACCCCGAGUUCAGGCAGUCGGACGAGGAGAACGACGACCCCGUCGUCCCCACCUCCGUGACCGCCCUGAAAGCGCAGCUCACCCCUCUCUCCUCCAGCCAGGAGUCCUACCUUCAGCCACCAGCAUACAGCCCCCGGUUCCACCGGGCGCUGGAGGGUCCCGGCGCCCUGCAGGCCACGGGCCAGGCCCGCCCACCGGCCCCCCGGGCUUUCCACCACCAGUUUUACGGUUACCUCAGCAGCAGCAGCCCCGGGGAGGUGGACCCGCCGCCCUUCUACAUGCCAGAAGUCAGCCCGCUGAGCUCGGUCAUGUCCUCCCCGCCGCUGCCCCCCGAGGGGCCCUUCGGACACCCCACCAUCCCCGAGGAGAACGGGGAGAACGCCUCCAACAGCACGCUGCCCCUGGCCCAGACCCCCACGGGGGGCCGGUCCCCCGAGCCCUGGGGCAGGGCCGAGUUCCCCUUCGGCAGCCUGGAGCUGGCCCCCGCGCCGUUCCCCCACCAGCUCCAGCCCUGCGAGGCAGCUGAGGGCUCCCAGCCCACCGGCUGCCUUCCUCGGGGGCCGCCCCCCUCCUCCCUCCAGGUGGUCCCCGCGUCCUACUCGGGCAUCCUGCCCCUGGAGGCACCAAAGAGCUGGACCGGCAAGUCACCGGGCAGGGGUCAAUCCUCCGUGCCCGCUACCACCAAGUGGCAGGACAAACCUAUGCAACCCAUGGGAUGUCAAGGGCAGCUAAGACAUACCAGCCAAGGUAUGGGCAUACCCGUGUUGCCUUACCACGAACCGUCCGAGCCCGUCGGCCCCAGCGGCACAAGCACAUUCAGCCUGGACACCAGGUGGUACGAGCCCCAACCCCGACCUCGGCCCAGCCCUCGGCAGGUCAGGAGGGCUGAGCCCAGUUUACAUCAGGUGGUGCUACAACCUUCAAGGCUUUCUCCUCUGACCCAAAGUCCCCUCAGCUCCCGCAACAGCUCCCCGGAGCUGACCGCCCGCGCCCGGCCCCGGCCGGGCCUCAUCCAGCAGACGGAGGUGUCGGAGAUCACGCUGCAGCCGCCCGCGGCCGUCAGCUUCUCCCGCAAAUCCACGCCGUCGUCGACGGGAUCCCCCGCGCCCAGCAGCCGGGGGGACAGCCCCAGCUUCCGACCGACCACCGCCUUCACCCCCGUGGGCACUGGCUUCUCCAACUCCCAGGGCUCCUCCCUGCCCGUGGACACCAUGGAUGUUUUCGGAGACAUCCCCUCUCCGAGGAGGGCUGGCGAGGAGAUUCUCCAACCGGAGCCGACAUCCACCACCACGGUAGCCGCCACGGGAAAACGUCCAUCUCCGCCCGGGGACGCUGCUGCACCUGAGAGGCUCGAAGCUCUGAAAUACCAGCGGAUAAAGAAGCCCAAAAAGUCAUCCAAGGGCUCCUCGAAAUCCAGAAAACAACCCAACGGCUCUGCCUCCCAGGUUCAGCACCCUCCCAGCUCUCAGGUACUGUCGCCUGACGAAGCUGUCUGCCUCCGCAAGAAGAAGAGACACCCUCGUCAGGACCCCUUCGCCCGGCUCUCGGCGCUGAAGGACGACCUCUGCCACCGGCAGCUCCCCGAAGACCAGACAGCCAUUCUCAACAGCGUGGACCACGAUGACACCAGCGGGCACGCCACCCUGCUUUAGCCUGCGCCGGCCCCGGGAGGUUGAACAGGAGCGGUGGAGGGAGCUGAUGGGGAUGGAGGUGAUGGGAGAGAGGGGGGACACCCCGAUGCUGCUGCCUCUGCCAGGGGGUUCGGCGGCUCGUGGCGGGGACGAGCUGGGGGGACCCUGGGGCAGACGGGGAGGAUGCUUUGGGCUGGGUGCUCCUCGGAUCCGCUUCUCCCCCCACCCCAGACGGCUUCGGUGGUGGGGUGGGAAGGGUGGGGGGUGUUGCACCUCGGUUUUGGGAAAGAUCUCUAGGCUUCAAAGGCACAGACGGAGCUUUUGACAUCUGCGUCCGCAGUGCGCGUUUAGGGAGAAAGUAUGGGAUUGAGCAGCUGGCCCUCAAUCGCCGGAAGAAAUUAAAUGACACAGAGUGUAAUUAAUUGACAAGAACCUAACAAGCCAGACAGGAACUGGUAAUCCCGUGAAUCUGAUUAUGAUAAAAAAACAUGACCAAAUAAUCCCAGGAAAGCUGUAAUUGUGAAAAUCUCCCCGCCUCCCCCUUCCCAGCCUCCUUUGACGUGAAGGUAACAGCAAAACCACGCGUGACAUCUUUCCUUACCUAUCUCUGAAAGGGAAAAACCAGAAAGAUCCCCCCGAGCCUUCCAAUCAGUCUGAGGCGUGAGAAAUCACCCUUUGUCUGUGCAAAUGCUUUUGAGCCUCGGUGACGCGUUCUGGGCGCCGUGCGAGCGCGCGGGUGCGGGGCCGAUCUCACGCGAGGGCGUUUCCCCCUCCAGGUACGGCGCGUGCCAGCUUUGAAGAGGGUGGUUGCGAUUAAUUCUUCCCGACACUCUGUAUAUCACAGGCAAAUGUCCUUCGGUGCCGUGCAGUGAUGUGAUUUCUUACCGUGUGUGAUGCUUAAUCUUGACUCGUAACCGCGAACCGGGGCGACGCAGGCGUGCGAGCGGAGGGGGUUUGGCUGCGUUGGUCCCAAAAGCCUCCGUCGGCAGGUGCUGAGCCCGGGCGGGAGCGGCUGGAGGUGCCCAGCUCUGCGGAUGGACACGGACGGCUCCUCGGAGCGGCCGCGCAAAGCUAAGCCCAGCGUUUCGCGUCAGCCUAACACACGUUCCUGCUGGUCCCACCGUUCCCCCCUUCCUUUCUCCCGCUCCAGCCCGGCCGUGUCGGCUGUGACACCCGCCAGGGUCGUGUCCCUCCCUUUGCCCCCUGUUCCCCUCGGUAAUGCUGUUCUAACUCUUCACCAGAAUGUAUUUCCUCUUCGAAGUACUUAGGGUAGGUUUGGUGGCUGGUGGUUUUCUGGAUUGCACAGGCCGUUUUUUUGGUUUGUUUUUUUAGCAGGAAAGGUGGAACCCGCUCCGAGAACAGCCGGGCUCGCUUUCCUGCUCUGCCUCCACUCUCUGACUGCGUGGCCUUGGGCAAGUCACUUAACCUCUCUGUGCCUCAGUUCUCCCAUCUGUAAAAUGGGGAUAAGUCAUAUUUGAGCACUUUGGACAAGCACUUGGUGGCCUGCAGACUGCAAGUGCUACAUAAAUGCUUAGUGCUGAUACCAAGCAAUCCCUACCUUUAAAAUAUUUAGAGGUUUUUUUUGGUUUUUUUUUUUAGUUUGAAGUGGUAAAAUCAACCGCUGUAUCCAGGUUUGCACAGUUCUUCCUCUGCGGUAAAGUGCUAAACCCUCCAGCCUGCCUGGGAAUAAAACACUGAGUGUUUCAUGUAGAUAUUCUGGCUUUGAGUGGAUUCAGGCUGUAGAAAAAGCAUCAGGAGAACCGAAGAGCCUGCAGGCAUGUUUUUGCCCCAGGCUCUCUAUUUGCAUAUGAAACUUUUGUUUAUUCCCAGGUAGAAUUGCCAAGAGAUUCUCUGCAAUCUCGCCUUUAAUUCUGCUUUGCCUUGGUUUUUGCUCUUGCUGCUGGUUGAACCUCCAAGGGCUGAGAUGUUUGGAGAAAGACGUGAGCUCUGGGUUGUGAUCCGGCACUCCGGCCACGCCACGCUCUCAGGCCGGAGCCUGUCUAUUGCUCUGCCAAAAAACACCUGGUUUCAGAGGUUGUGCUUCCUCUCCCAGCAGGAUGCUCGGGAACCUUCGACCAACAAAAGCAGAGCACCGCGUCUUUUCCAAUCUCCAGGCCCUCAGUAAGGUUUGAACCACUGGACAAUGAAUCCUCUGAAUCAAUAACGAGAUAUUUCUGAGCUUUAACAACUUUGUGUAGGUGGUCUUCAAACCAUCAGCAGGUUUGUCUCGGGAAGGAGGGAGGGUCUGGCAGAAAUGUCCCUCUCUUUCCAGCCUGCACCAGGGCCUUUUAUUGACGUGACGAGUGACCUGACGUAAGAACCUCAACUCUCAGAGUGAGAAUUCAACUUUGCUAACAGUAUGACUGCAGAUUUCUUUUAUUUGAGUGUGUUUUUAGGGUUUUCCCUAGAAUCCACUCGGAUCUGAAUUGAUUUAAUGCCAUUCUCCCGCUCAGCAGCGGGGAAAACUCUGCCUGGCUCACUUCAGCUUGCUGGUAACUUCAGCUGGGCUGCUCCCGAUGGGCUGGGCUGCUCCCCACGGACAGGUGACCAUCGGGGCCGGGGGAGGUGUGGAGGCUUUGUGCUGGCCGUGCCGUGGCCAACUCGCUUUUCCUUUCGCUCUCGUUGCCUCAGCCUCUCCAACAGAGGGUUGCUUUUUCCUUUGAGUGCUUUCCAAACUGUUUAUGACGCCCAUUCGGAUGGGCAAGGCGCUGUCUUCAGGCUCUUGAGGUUGCUACCUCGGGACUGUGCCCCAUCCUGUCUUAAGGAGCUCUAGAGGACUUGGAGUGCAGGGAAGGUUGACGGAGCGUGCCGGCUUGCUGCGUCAGUCUUUUGAGAGUUGUUUUCCUUUUGCAGGUGUUUUGAGCCACUGGGCUUUUCAUGGUCUUCGACCUUUAGAGCCUGGAGCUGCAGCCCUCUCUCUUUCAGCCGUGUACCUGCCACGCUGCUGGAGUGGGAAAUCCCGCCCGGGCGCCUCAUGGAAGCAGCUCCUCCCUAAAACCAUCCUUAACUCCUUUCCCUGCUAGACCGAGUUACCUUCCGAUAGACUCGGGCCGUGCUUUGGCUGACUGGCUCACCUCUUGCUUUGGCAACCUCCUCGCUUCUCCCAGCCCUCUGGUUUCCAUGCCCUCCAGGGGGUCGCUCCUCUCUCCUCCCGCGGACCUGGGACAUCGAAGCCGUGUCAGACGAUGCCAAACGCUUCCCCCAUUUCAUCCCCGUUUGAACUCCGUGCCGCUUUGGUGGUUUGCAAACACAGCUGCUGCUGCUGCUGCUUCAUUUUUUUUUUUAAUUUUUUUUUUUUUCUUUCAUGCUGCAAAAUAUAUCUUGAUUUUUAUCUUCCUGGGCCAAACUCUCUUAUUUUAUAAGCUGGUCUGAGGUAGACGGCUCUUUCUUUAUCAGUAACCGUACGAUUCCUCCUUGCACAUUGUGAAUGCGAUGUUUCAUUAGGUCCCUUGGCAAAUCCUGGACCACGGUGAAAAAAUGCCUCUGAAUCACAAGGAGACUUGUCCCUGGGCUCCUCUGAGGCGUCAGUGCAGGGGUGCUAACCCAGUUUUGGGGGGUCCUUGCUGGUGCCUCUGCCUGCAAGGUGGCCACCGUGGGGAUGCUCCAGUGCCGUUUUCAUGCCACUGUGGGGGCUGCAGGAUUUGGGCACCCCAAGCUGGGGGAGAUGACAUGGAGAGGUAGGUAUAGGGUGUUGCUGAGAUCCCUUGGAAAGAGGGGGUGGUCGUGGGGUGCCGUCCCUCGCAGCCUCUCCAAUAAAACCUGUGUGUCCCUGUGCAGUCAGGGAAAAAGGGCAGGGAAAGCGCUUUGCCUGCUUUUCCAGCAGGACUUGCUGAGCUUUCACCCACGUGUUUUUGAGGUGACUUUGCCGUGCAAACCCAGCAGUGUUUCGGUUUCUCAGUGUUGACAUGAAGGAAAAUGCAAGUUACUGUAAGUGGGGGGGAAGGGGAGCGUUUAGGGCUCGUUUGUGGGGCCCCAUUUCUGUGCCUGCCACUUACUGCAUCCGGAGGCACUUGGAGCAGUGGGUUUGUAGGAUGUGGGGAGCUGGAGGGUCCCGGGGUCUCUUCCCAGUGUGAACCUCAGCAUGGUUUGUGGUCUGUCCCCCUGAGCAGGGGGGUCUCCACGUGCCCCCAGGGUGGUGAGGAGUGUCUCUGUGAGCAGGUGAUGCUUUUCCCAGUGGGAUGCUCAUUCCUGCUGCCCUGUGCAGGUCACCUGUGACUUGGAGGCUGAUUUGGGGCACUGCUGGGCUCCAGGCUGUUGAUCUGGUGUUUAUCACCUUGUCAGCUGGCUCGGUGCCACCUGCUUUGGAGGAAGUCUGGAGGUGACAGUGUUUGGUAAAGGGAAUAUAAAAGGAAUAAUAAUUUUCUGUACCCACCUCUGGGGGUGUUGAGGGCUCUGGGUUUGGGCUCAGCAGCCCAGGCAGGGCUUAGUCAUGUCUCAUGGCAUCCGGGCACGACACGUGUUCGUGACUUACUGCUGCUCACACCUUGCAGCCUGUGUCAGGACAAAACCCUCCUGGCAUUUUGGUUUCUCCUCCUGCUUCAGGCAGUGACGUAGAUUUGGGAGUUCUCAGAGUUUCGGGUUGGUUUCAGCUGUAGCUCUUGUCUGGGGGUAUUUUUCCAUGAGGCUGGACCUUCAGGGAUUUCCACACGUCCCACGUGGGCUCACUGCGGCCCCGGGCUGGCGGAGUCGAUGCUUUUUUGUGGAAGGAAAUCUUUUCAAGGAAGUGGAGUAAAAUGCACUGUAUAUAUGAGAUAUAAAUAGAUAGAGAAGCGUAGGACAAAGGUAGAUAGGUUUGCAGAAUUCAGUAGAUUUGCAUGUCAGGGGUAUGUGUGUCUCUAGGGGAGAGUUAAGAGCUGUGCUGAAAGGGGGAUUAUUGGGAUGGGCAAAGCAGGGAAGGGGCUGGGAGCAGCUGGAGCCCGAGGGGAAUUUGGGAAUGGAGAGGCACGCUGCAGGCGUGACCUGCUGCACACAACAAAUUGCUUUUUUUCCCCUCAUUAUCUCCCCCCCUCCAUUUUUUAUUUUUGCUUUGUUCAUUGUCUGUGACUCACCCGGGGGCCGUGACAUUGAGAAGCAGGAGGGACAGGUCCUCUCCUCUGCGUGUCCGACGCGCGUGGGGCGUGACACGGGACGUGACAUGGGAGGGGGACGUAAUGUUGUCUCAUCUCUGGUGCCAUCGUUUAAAGAAAAAGCUGCACCACGCAGAAACCUUUCCCUCAAGUCCCUCUAGAUGCUGCUCUCCGGUUACUCAUGUGAAAGCAUUUUGCUUUGCAUCUGUUCUUCCCAGAAAAGCGUGAGUCAGAAGGGAUGAGACGGGGGUACAGCUAAAUUUGUCCCUUGAGCUGAGGAACGCGGCGCCGGCUGUGCCAGCCGGCCCCAACAGUGACUCCUUGGAGGGACGAGAUGUUCUUCACAGUGUCUUUAUUUUAAACCUCAUUAGCAGGACUUUGAGGAUCUGAGGCAGAGAGGGGAUUUGGUCAUCAGUGAUGCCAGAGCCAGUACUGGGUUCGGGGGCAGCCAAAUUCAGGCUGUAUUCCCUCCAUGCUCCAGAGCCCAUCCCUGUGCUGUCUGGGCACAGUGUAACCCCUAAAGGAAAUAGGAUGUUUACUCCCAUUCCCCCUCUUCAGCUUAAUUUUGUGGUUUUGUUUUUUUUUUCCUGUUUCUGUGAAUCUUGACUCCCCUCUGCCUGUGUUUGCUGGGGAGGAGAGGUGGGAAGCACACUUGUUCCUGCUGGAGAUCUGUCAGGGAAUGCACGAUCCAGGAACUGAGGGUUGGGAAGCAGCAUCCAGAUUUGGCAAUGCUGGUGCCAGCUGAAGAAGAAACUCAAUAUUGCACUUAAUUCCCAUCAGUUGGUACAUCCCAAUGUGGAAAGGACUGGAUGCUGGUGCUGGGAACAGGCUGGAGAUGGGAGCUGUUCCCCUCCCCUGGUGACUGGGAUGAAGGGGGAGCUGCCCAGUGCCGUGUUUCCCCAUUUUCCCCUUUUCUGUGGUUUUGACCUGGCAGGUUUGUGCUGCCUGAGCUGUGUGUUCCCCGUCAUUGUGUGGCAUAGGCAUCUUCCUGGCCAUGCUGGGUGACCUCAGGACAUCCCCAAUCCCAGGGCUCUGGCUGACUUUUGAUAGUGCAUGGAUGGAGGAAGGACCGUACCUGGGGAGGGGGUGGGCAAGGGAAAGGGGGGGCAGACAGGCUGGUCCAGGCUUGGGGGGUUCAGGUGCAGAAAGCAUGUACUGUAGUGGUAGCUAAGGAUUUUUAUACUGGUUGCAGUGGGGUGGGAAGCUGGCAUCCCCCAGGGAGGAGAAUUUGCCCAGAUUUUGGCUUUACCAUCAAAAUGACACUUUCUCUCCCAGGGGGACUUUUAUUCUUGUCCUCCUGAGGUUGCAGGGGACCAAGAGGGCUGCAAAAGGGGGUGCCCAUCUUCCCAGGACUGAAAGCUCCUCUAAUAUCCCCCCACUCCCCCCCCCAGCACUUACAUUAAAAUAAAAUUUAAAAAAAAAACCAACCUUGAGAAAUGAGCCCCAGUAUCUCUAUCUAAAGAAACGAUAUUGGUGUAUCGAAACCGCAUUGUAUAUAAAAUUAAACAAAUAUAUAUUUACUUUCUAUUUUAGAAGGGGGGGGAGAAUAAAUAUUUAAAAUAAUUCCUUAGUAAUAGGUGUCAGAAACUUCUGUGCAGCAUGAGAGAGGCUGUCAGAGGUGGGGGGGAGAGUCUCAACAGCGGGAGCAGAGCGAGUAUUUUUACAUUAUAUUGCGCUUCAGCUUCUCUGCUUCUCCAUCCACCUAUAAAUAGACAAAAAUAUAUAUACAAAUAUAUAUAUAUAUAUAUAUAAAAAUUAUAUAUAUCUAAGUCACAUAGCUGUUUUAUUUUUGUAUCCAUGCCUAGUGCUGUUUGAGCAAUACGGUGGCGAGGGAGAGGAGGGCUGGGCGAGGCCGGGGGGCUCGUGGGGCUCCGGGGGAUCCGCCGGCUCCGGCUGCCGUCCCGGCAUCGCCGCUGUUUGCUGUCACGUUGCUGUUUCAAUAGGGAAAAAUACUGAAAAGGGAAAAAGCCCCGGCAUGGGGAAGCCUGGGCCUGCUGCCAGCUCGCCCAGGGCCACGGCGAGGGGGUGGUGUUUCCACCUAGGGCUUUUCUUUCCAGAGAAAAAAGACAAAUUUCAGCUCCGGGGGCGCUGCUCGCAGCGGGAAGGACGAGGCCGGCUGCGACCUGGGGGGUGGCACAGGAUGGGGGACGCGCUGUGGGAUGGGGUCCCCACACCACUGCCUCGCUGGGCGCUGUUGGCCGCCCGUCCUCGCCGCCCUCAUAAAUCCUGAGGGUUCCUGAAACCCUCCUGUGGUUUGUGGAGCCCCUCAGAGCCACCCAGGUGGCCACAGUGGGUCCCCACAUGUGGCUGGAGCAGGGAACCUUCUCUGUAGGCAGGUCAGUACCUCUCCACCAAACAGAGGAACUCUGGCCGUCGGGGUUUGCCGGUGCUGGGGAGGCUGCUGGUAUGCACUGGGGUGGGAUGGGGGCUCUCCCUGCCCGGAUGGGUGGGAUAUGAGGCUCUCCCUGUCCCAGUGAUGAGGAAUGUGCUGGGGAUACUUGGGGCUUUUCCUGCAAGGACCCGCCGGACCCCCUUCUCUGUGUGCCCGUGGGUGGCAGGGGGGGGAUGAGGAGCCAGUUUUGGGACUGAGCAAUGCCAGGGGGCAGCAAACCACCCCCUCUGCCUUCGCUGGGGCAGGAUUUGGGGAUUGGCUUUGGGCAGUGGUUACCCCUUGUGCUGUGUCCCACAAUCCUUGGCUCUGGGAGGAUGCAGAUGCUUCUUUUUUGGGCUCAGAUGUCCCCGAGGGGAUGGUGGCACAGACCCCGAGCGCUUCCACCCCUCCAGAGCCAGGCAGAGGUCCCUCACCGUGGUCAUGCCAUGUCCUGCCAGGCUGAGGCACGAAUGUAAUCCCGGGAGCUGGCCCCUCACAGCGGCACCGUGUCCUCCGUAGGUGUCACCUGUAUUUUCCAUGAUAUUUCUGUCUUCUUCGUCGGGUUGGGGAGGGUUGGGGGAGGGAUGUUUCUAAUAUCAAGCCAAGAUUUGUUCAGCACCAAUUCUUGAUAUCGAAGCAAAGCAUGUUUGGUGGGACUAACUUGCAUUUAUUAGCGGUAAAUACAUAAGUGAGUAUUUUAUAUGUUUAAAAAAAAAAAAAAAAAGGAUGUAAGGAGAAAGAGAAGGGAUGAGAUUUCUCACCGGUCGGUGUCCGGGCUGGGGGGGCUGCACUUCCCUCCCACCGUCCCCCCGGUGGGGCUUUGGGGUAUUGCCGGGGGUGGGCAGGGGGGGGCGGGCAGCUUUCUCCUUUCGAAUCACUUACAGAAAAAAAACAGGAAAAAAAGGAAAGAUAUAAAUGUUUACAAAGCACACUUUCCACAGUAGCGUUAACCCUCUGGAUGCCAAACAGACACAUCAAGAGCUGCUCCGCCCCUCCCUCCCUCUCGGCCGCGCCCACAGCAUCGUCCUGCUUCCCGCGGUUUGGUUUGGUUUGGUUUGGUUUGGUUUGGUUGUUCCCGCAUCCCCGCUGCCUCCAUCCGCCGCAGCCGCGCGCAUCUGGCAGGAGCUCGCUUUUCCCGGGAGGGGUGUUUGCUUCCCGCCCCCUCCCAGGCUCUUCCCGCUCGGCCGGCGGGAGCGCUGGGAAGCGCCCGACUCCGCUCGGGGAGGUUUUGGCUCGGUGGGAGAUGCCGGCACACGCUCCCUGCCCUCCCAGAUGCACUUUAAGGCCAAACUUCCCUUUUUUCCCCUCUGCGGGGCUGGCAGAGAGCAGGCAGGGGAUGCUCCCGAGGACCCAGGGGGUGCAGGACCUUCUGUACGGCUGUGCAGGCUCCAGUCCCUUGGCAUUCCCAUGUGGGAAAGCCCUGUAGAAAUCCUCCUGGAAAUGCCUACAUUGCCAUAAGGUUCCCGAGCCAUCCUUUGGGCAUUUGGAGGUCACACCUCCUUGCCAGCUCCUAGGGGAGCAUCCCUGGAUCACCCAGGGGGCAUCCCCAAAUCCCCCCGGGAGCAUCUCCACCUCUCCCUUGGGAGCAUCCCUGGCUCUCCGAGGGAGCCCAGACUUUUUAAUCCCCUUUUAAUAGGUUUUGUAGACUCUCUGAACCCUCCUAGACCUCCACAGGUAGCUCUUGAUUUAAUUCCCUCCUAACUCCAUAGUUUUCCCCUAAGGCAGGAUUUUCUUCCGGACCCAACAGGGGUCUGGUUGUGUGGAACAACUUUUUCCUCUUUUUAAGAAGAAUUUCUUGCCUCUGGAUAUAAAGACUAGACCAUCCAACCUCGUUUCCAUCUCUUGAAUGUCGAGUAUUACGAUGUAUAACACACGUUAGGGUGCUCUUUGGUGCUGUUUCAAUGGUAACCAGUGGAACUGACUUUUUUUAAUAACAAUAACAAUAAAAGAAACUUUAGUACCGCUGGUUCCAUAACGUUCGUUGUCGUGACUUAAAUUUUAUUUUUUUUUUGAGUUUCUUUUUUAAUUUUUGUUAAGGUUUUUGGUUUGGUUUUUUUUUUAAAUCCUUUUUUAAUUUUUACUAAACAGUGAGUAGCGAUCAGCUGCCGAAUCUCUGUGGUGUUGAUUUUUUUAGUGACUGCUGUGAGACGGGGUGGGCUGUGUCACACCUGAGUGGGAUUUGGGAUCGAGUCACUUCGUUUUGGAACUGCACACAGCAAAACUAGCGUUUGAUGGGAGCCCAGACGGCAACUAGAGGGUUAAUUUUUGAACUUUCAGGUAUGUUCCUCAGAAGAAAAUAAUAAUAAAAAAAUUAUAAAAAAAAAUAAGAGAAACAAAACACUAUUUUUUCAGUAAGCUUUUUUUUUUUCUGUAAACGAUUUACAAAUAAAUCUGACAUGAUGGUGCUGUA